GGAGAUCCCGAGGAGCUGCGCGCGGGGACCGGAGGCGCCCGGGUCGGGUUAGCGGGGUUAUGGGCGCGCGGUGAGCCGGGAGGAGAAGCGCUGUUAGCGGGGGUUUAGUGGAGGGUUAGUGGGGGUUAGUGGGGAUAGAGGGGUCUAGUGGAAGGAUGUGGUUAACUCCUGAAGAGGUUUCCCAGAAAAACGCCCUGAAGCUCUGGGUGACAGAAAAAUCCAACGAUUACUUCAUCCUGCAGCGGAGGAGAGGACAUGGAGACAGCGGGGGGAAAAUCACAGGUAUGUUGGUGGGGGCGCUGGACACCGUGUUGGACUCCAACGCUCGAGUGGCUCCGUUCCGGAUUCUUCUUCAAGUGCCGGCGUCACCGGUCAGCUGGGUCAUCGCCAGUGGAGCUACAGUUGAGGAGGUGCAGAAACACUGGAAAUGGCUGGAUCAGAACCUGCUGCCGUACAUGGCCGUGUUUGAGAAUAAACAGGAUGCUGCAAGCUUCGCUCAGGGAAAAGUCAAGGGUCUGAUAGCUGAAGAGGUUCUGGCCGGUCAGGCUGCUCUGGAGGAUGAUCCGGCCCGGUUCAGGGAGGUUCUGGCGCGGUUCGAGCAGCGGUUCGGUCUGCCUCAGCAGGAGAAGCUGGUGGCUCAUUAUUCCUGCUGCUGCUGGAAGGGGCGGGUCCCUCGGCAGGGCUGGCUCUACCUCUCCACCAAUCAUCUCGCCUUCUACUCAUUCUUACUGGGGAAGGAAGUGAAGCUACAGGUGCCGUGGGUGGAGGUGACGGGGAUGGAGCAGACGACUCUGGGCCUGAUGACGGAUGUGAUCCGGGUGCGGACGCGGCAGAAGCAGCGAGAGUUCUCCAUGUUUCUGAACGUGGACGAGGUGAUGACCGUGAUGACCCAGCUGGCCGACCUGGCGCUGCGCAGACUGCUGGACAGCGGUGGACUGGAGGUGGACCAGAGCCUGCAGCAAGCCACCAAUAUUACCAAACGAGUGCUGGAGCAGCAGGCUCUGAGGCAGUAUGUGUUGUCUCUGUUGGGGUUACCGCGGUCGGAGAAGCUGCAGGAGGUGUUGAGCUGCUCGGUGUGGACUCCUCACGCUCGCUGCCACACACCCGGAAAACUCUACACCACCGACAACUACAUGGGGUUCAGCAGCCGCCAGGAGGGAGUCUGUACCCUCCUCAUCCCACUCGCAGAGGUCCAGUCCAUCGAGAAAGCGGAGAGUACGAGCGCUCUGCCGAACCCGGUGAUCAUCAGCGUGAAGUCUAAGAAAGCUUUUCAGCUGAUUGAUUUGGCACAGAGGGACGAGCUGGUGGAUAAUCUGACUGACCGGCUGCGGUGUCUGCACUGGAGACAAGCCGUGUUCAGAGGAAACAGUCAGCGCAAAAAAUCACUGAUCUCUCCGACUCCAUACUACACGUUUUAUUACGACACAGAUACUCUGAGCCCGGAGGAGGGUGAUGGUGUUUCUGAUGAAGCUCUGAGGAACACAGUGCUGACCGAAUCUCUCAUCACCACCUUUCAAACCGGCCAAUCACAGUCCCCCAACCACAAAACUACAUCAGAGCAGCUGAAGGUGCGGUUGUGGGAGGAUCACUUUGAGGAGUUCGGUCGGGGGGUGCACAUGUUUCGCACGGAUAAGAUCCGGAAACUGGUUGCCAUGGGGAUCCCCGAGUCCCUGCGCGGAGAGAUGUGGCUCACCUUUUCAGACGCCUGCUCGUCUCUCUCUGCUCACCCGGAUUAUUACUCAGAUCUGGUGAGCAGGAGUAUGUGUGAGACCAGCGUGGCGACUGAGGAGAUCGAGAGAGACCUGCACCGCUCUCUACCCGAACACUCCGCCUUCCAGAACCAGACCGGAAUCUCUGCUCUGAGGAGAGUCCUGACCGCCUACGCUCACCGAAACCCCAACAUCGGAUACUGCCAGUCUAUGAACAUCCUGGCGUCAGUGCUGUUGCUCUACACAAGGGAAGAGGAGGCGUUCUGGCUGCUGGUGACGGUGUGUGAGAGGAUGCUGCCUGAUUACUUUAAUCACAGAGUCAUCGGUGCUCAGGUGGAUCAGUCGGUGUUUGAGGAGCUGAUCCGGGAGCGUUUGCCGUCUCUCUCUGAAAGUGUUCCGGAUCUGUCUCCGCUGGCGUCGGUGUCUCUGACCUGGUUCCUCACGCUGUUCCUGAGCGUUCUCCCGUUCCGCAGCGCGCUCCACGUCCUCGACUGCUUCUUCUACCACGGCAUCAAAGCCGUGUUCCAGCUGGGGCUCGCCGUGCUGGACGCCAACGCCGCCGAGCUCAGCACCAGCACCGACGACGGCCAGGCCCUAAUGACCCUCACCAGUUUCCUUGAACAGGUGCGAGAUGACGAUGAGCCGUGUGUGUGUGCUGAGGAGGCGGGACCUGCUGGACACACCCACAUCACCACAUUGAUCAAUGAUGCGCAUGAGAAAUUUGGGGACCUGACGGUGAGACAGCUGGAGAAGAUGAGAAGUAGACACAGGAUUCAUGUCCUGCAGAAUCAUGAGGACACCACUAAAGAGAACACUCUCAGGCUGGUCUCACCUGAUGUCUCACUGUCUCAGGAGGACCUGUCUAGCCUUUAUGACCUGUUUAAGACAGAGCACUUUAUCAGUCUGUACUGGGGGGACGGAGUGUGUAGGGAGGUGCGGGCGGGGGGUCGGGGGUACACUGAGAGUUAUCAUGUGGACCGGGCUCAGUUUAAGAGUCUGUAUCUGCUGCUGACCCCGUGGCCCUGCGGCCCCCACACCGACACCAUGGCCCAGAGAACCUUCGCCCUGCUGGACCAGAACCACCACAACCGCAUCAGCUUCACACAGUUCUCCCGCUGGCUCGACACUCUGUACUGUGAAGAGUUUAAUGAGAAGGUCCGGCUCCUCUAUCGCCUCCACAUCCCUCCAGCUCUGACUGAGAAUGAAGAUCAGUCUUCUGCAGGGAAGAACCCCAUCCUUUCCACCAACAGACCCCUCUAUGUGGAUCUACCAAACGUGGAGAGGAAGACUCAUGAGGAGCAGCUGAAGCAGAUGCUGAAGGAUUUGGCUAAAGAGAGGGAGAAAGGCCAGGAGAAACCCCUCCCUCAGAUGAAACAGCGGGAGUUCGUUCAGUUCUGUAAGACUCUGUGCUGCAUGUUUCACGGGGACAGCGCGGAGAACGAGCUCUUCCAGGCCAUCGCCAUGGUCACCAGCCUCGUCCUGCAGAUCGGAGAGGCCAGGAAUAAAGGGCGUCGGCCGUCGGGGGCGGAGCCUGAGGAAGGGAAGAGCCCGGAUCGGGCGGCCUCGGACCCGGCGGAGGUGGAAGGUGAUUGGACGGUGAGUUUUGAGCAGAUCUUGGCCUCGCUGCUCACAGAGCAAGCUCUCGUCAACUUCCUGGAGAGACCCGUCGACCUGAACCAUAAGAUCUGCUCUGCCAAGGAGAAGCAGUACCAGACCCGAUCCGGACUGCUGAUGAUCCAGAGCAAGACCAGAUGAGACGAGACGAGACGAGCAUUAAAACGUGGUUUUUGAAGAUUCUGGACUUUAAUCUGAAACAGGAUUCUGUAGGAUUCUUGGUUUCUUAUCAUAAAACAGACGAUCUGUGAGGAACCAAUCAGAGCAAGAGCAGAACAGAUAAAGAUAAAGACUUCCUGCUCUCCAGGAAACCAGGGGAUGCUUACAUCCAUAAAGUGCCCUCUGGUUCUCACGCCCCUGUAGGUGUGGUGGUGUAGUUGUGGUGUUUAAGAGCAGGGAGACACUAAAAUGUGCAGGACAGGGGCUCCAGGAGCAGCGCUGAAGGAAACAGAACUGCAUAAACUAGAAAAAAACAGCUUUGGGACCAUCGAGGGAAGCUGGACUUCCUUUAUAAAACAAAACAGGGCAUGAAAUCCAAAAGCAGAGUUGAGUUUACUUCUAAUAUGAGACGGAUCUGAUUAAUUUAUGUUUAAAGAAAUGAAAAUGAAGAAAAUACUAGUAAGUGCUGUUUUUUUAUUCAGUGGAAACUCUACUGAA